AUGGAGGACAGGCAUGGCGUCCUUGCGGCCUGUCUAGACAAGCUACGCAGCUCAAAGGCGACCGAUAGAAGCGCCGCAACAGAUCAUUUGCGCGAGAUCUUCAGUCGACCUUCAGCCUGGCGAGCUCUGGAGAAGCAACGAACGGGCCAUUUAGAUGUGCUGCAAGCCAUCUUUGCCUCUGUCGUCGCCGCGCGUAAUGCGUACCUCCGAGGCACCAAUGAUCGCACAAAGGAUGCCGAGCGCAAGCGACUGGCCAGCUCUGCCAGUGUCUUGCGAUGGUUCGUCGGCCAGUGCGUCGACGGACUCCAGAAGAAGACGCUCAAAGCCGUCUGGGCCCAUCUCCUGCAGAUGCUCGUCGCCAACCGAAAGAUCUUUGCGCCUGUCGCACUCGAGUACCUGCGUACCCUCAAUUUGCUGCUCGCACACGAUCCUCAUCUGCAGCACAUGGACGAGGCAACAUGGACGCGAGCAGUAGGAGUGUGUUUCUGUGGCAUGGCAGGUCAGCCCGUCAUCGAUUUGGCCGAUAUGAUCGACUCGUCCUCCAACGCCAAGGAUCGCGACGAUUCUGAUAUUGCUAUGUCAGAUCGCGAGACGGAUGCCCAUCCUCGCGCAGAUGCUUCCUCAUCAUCAGCGCGGCAGAUGCCGUCACAUGUUCGUGCGCGUAAUGUCAGUAGCGGCAAUGCGGCCAACACCUUGGAGAGCAUAGAAUACAUGACUUGUGUUGACCACUUGUUCCGAUCACAACUUGCUCCGCUUCUGACAUAUGGCUCCAUUUUGCUCAAAUUCUUUGCUUCAUUCUUUCAGCUCCACCCAACGGAAAGUAGUGCGCAUCUGCCAGCCAUUUGCGCGCUCAACAGACUUUUCGAUUCUGCCUGGCUCAAUUCACAAACGCUCAUGUAUGAAGCUACAGUGACGCUGUGGUCACCAUUGAUAACGUUCUGGAAUUCGAAACACCUUCUGGUCAGGGAACAAGUUGCCUUGGCCUGUCGGCGCCUUUUGUUGAUCCUCACAUUGCCACUGGCGGGCCAAACGCCCAUCGAAAAUCGCGAGGCUCUCAUUCGCUCGCUGUAUGAUCGCAUCGUGCCUACAGAUAGUACAGAGCUUCGUUGGCGCACAGAGCCACUGUUGCUCGAGUCUAUACUGCUUGCACCGCCUCCCCUCGAUCGACAUGCGCCCUACGCUACCGCGUCAUUUGGCGCUGGGCAAGGCUUCGACCCUAUACAGGCCGUUUCCUGGGUCUCGCUACAAGUCUCGGCAGACAUCCUGGCUUCCCUAUCGAAGAUGCGAUCGCAAGCUCUGUCGAGCGACACGCACGCACUCGAGAGUGCCGUGCGCGCAGGCAAACGCCCUAGACUUGAAACUCCUGUCAGUUCUCUAUGCAACGACGUCAGGAAUACCAGCAUACCGAUAAGCGACCGCCUUUUGCGCCUACAGAUACUCGUCGUCUUCGCCGUGCGUCAUGGCGCUCACCUGUCCGAUGAGCUCAAGCAGACCUUGCUCGAGGACCUCCUUCAACUCUCGAACAAUCCAUUCGACCAUGCUAUUCAGUCUUGGGCCCUGGUGGGCCUCGCUGCGCUUGCAUCGCAAUGCCAGCAGCCGCGAAUCGAGUGGUGGUCUGGCGUCUGGACCAGCUCAUGUCGCCGCAUAUCCGAUCGGGCCACCGGAAGAGCGGCUGCACAUCUUUGUUCGAAUCUGAUGGAUAUAGGCUUACCCCAGACGCUACUCGUGACCGGUAUAGAGGCGGCGUUUAGCGAUCUUGACGUGCGGGGUCCAGCUUUUCCUUCUGAUGCCAUCGUCCGCUGGUUCGCGACUUGCCUCGUGUGCGCAGAGAACAGUCAACGUCUGGCAGAACGAUCGCUACCUGACAAGAUCUCUGCGUGGCUCGCAAACGUCUGGACGCCAUUUGGUCAAACGGUGUCUUCGGGAUCAAUCCUCGGCAAGCGAUCUAGAUCAGACUUUGUGUCUAGCAGCGCGCUGCUUUCCCUGCUCUCCAAAGCGUGCAGCCUGCCGUGGCGCUAUUGGGGCUCAGACCGCUUCCUAUUACCUGCAUGUCCGACGACAAAUUGUCUCUUGGCGGACGAGAAAGUAUCGCCAAUCUCGGACCUCUUCUACUUGCACAAAGUCAGCUCCAGAUCCGUUCUGACACGCGGCACAAGCAUAAGCGAGCCCGCAAUCAUGCUCGAACGUCCGGCGACAUCGAAUGAACGCCGUUUGCUGGCUGGCUUGCAGCGAACGCUGGACUCUCAGGUGGACUUGCACGAGUCGCACGAGCACUGGUUCGAGCUGACCGCGUGUCAGCUACGCGAACGAGCUGAGCUAGCGAGCGUACUUCUCUGCUUCGCCGGCUCGCUGGAGCAAGCUCGCAUCAAAGUGGACCCAAGCGUCAUCAGAUCAGCCUGCCGUGCUCUUGCGCUUGUUCUCAGGCUCGCAAAUCAAACGAAAUGGCUCCCCCGCGAAAGAGCCGAAUUGUACCUCGCAUUCUCUCCCUUGCUUGUGACGACAAGCCUGUCGUCUGACCCGCUAUACGAGGUCUGUGUACGCGUCGGUCCCGGCUCAGGCGUUAGCUCACAGCCUGAUCCUGAGCCCGGGCCGAAGUUGCGUAACGAAGAGAGGGAGGCCGUUCUGCAACGGCUCUGGGCGCACAAGGAUGUCAGAGCGGUGAUGACGAGUAUGAGCACUGGCCUGGCCUCUCUGAUGGAGCCAUUGGCUAUGUCAAGACAACAAGAGCUCGACGACUUCGACGGACCCACUAUCGCUGUCAAUCGUACUAUCAUCGAUAGCCUCUUGAUGCCCGGAGCCGAGCAUGCGCUGCAAGCUUGUAUAUCAAUCCUCGUCCAGAUCGAUCUGACCCGCGAUCUGCUCGCUAGCCAGCGCCCCGGCGCUGCAACCUUGUCACGCGCCGUGGCAAUCUGUGUCAAAUUAUCCGAUGUGCGAGCCCUCGAUAUCGGCAACGAGAUCCUAGACGCUCUGCAGUGUGGCCUAGCAGGCCUGACAGAAGCUGAGUGGCAGGUCCUACUGGAGCACCUUGCAAACGAUAUGAUCACAAGCUAUGCGUUGGCGAGGAGCGAAAAGUGUCAGCUACUGUUGCUACGACUGCUUGAACACAGCUCGCAAAUCUGGGCAGCCGACCUCAGUGCUCAAAGCACACUCGUCAGCUGCGCGCGCGAGGCCUACAUUUGGUUUCAAAAUAACUGUGUUCAUCAAAAGAUAUAUUCCUGGCGUAUACGUCUUGGCCUAGUCCUCGUCAUCGACAGCUUCGAUCAUAUCAAGGAGCUCAAUACGCUGUGGGAUUCGUAUGAUACGCAAGAUCAGGUCAUCUUGCCCUCUACGACCCUUUCGCGCAUGUUGGAGGACCCGGAUAGCCGCGUCAGCUUUCGCGUCAAUACAGCCUGCUGCAGACAUCUCGAGUACGCACGCGCUCGGGGUGGUGAAGUGACAAAGAUUCUUUUCGACCACUGUGCACAGUUGGGACCCAUCCAUGCGCCCGUCGAAGGUGCUGCGCUGCGUUGUGUGUACCUCUGUCAGGCCAUGAUCAUCAGCCAGCGCUCCCGACGUUAUGCCUAUGACCUUCUCAUCGAAGUCGCAGCGAGAGCGCCUGCAUUACAAGACAUUCUCGUAGCAUUAUCUCAAGCUCUGUCCGACCGGCUCGGAUUUCCCACAAUAUCCGCGCUUUAUCUGCACUACGCCGGCCCGAUCAUGUCGCAGUGGAUCCGCCUCAAAUAUCUAGACUUGCGGAUUCCUGAUCGAGUCUGUGGAUUCCAGAAUCAUAGAGAUCGUACGGCUGCCGAGAUUGAUUGCGUUGCUGUGCCGUUACUGGUAAAUGACAUGGUCGAUGCUUUACGGAUAAAAUGCGAUGCCCUCCAGCUACAUUUGCCCUCAAUCAUCCGCACACACUUGCCUGCGGUGAUAGCGAACAAAAUAGCUUUGGCCACUGUCAACACAGCAGAAGGCGUUGACCCUUUCCCUGCGGUGUUGAGAGAGAUCACAGGCCUGAUCGAACAGUCGGACAGCAGCACGAUGACUUUUGAGCAAUUCACACGCGCGUACCUCGAUCAAGUCCUCGUCCAUACAGUAAUGCUUCUAUACGAAGAAACUGCUAGCGCAUCACCAGACGGUCCAUUGGGAUCGUGGCAGCAGAAUCCACAAGCGAUGCAGACCUAUGCGGACUUAUUGUCUGAAGUCAGGGACUUCAGCAUUUGCACGAAGGCGCCACCUCCGUGGUUCAACGCCGAAUGCGUCUAUUCCGUCCUCGUCUGGUUUGUGAAAUGCUACGGCUCUGGCGAGAAUACAGCAGUACUGUAUAGUAGCGUGCAAGUGUUGCUACAUCAUGUGCACCAAAUGCCCUUUAUUGACGAUCAACGACGAACACUUUUCAUGCUCGCUGCAUUGAUCUCGCUGAACGAGCCUGACAUCAGCAGUCUUGGUCUGCUUCGCAUCCUGAUGCAUUAUCUUACGCAUCUCUUGGCUAGACCUGCCAUAAGCGAUAUCGUCUGGAGCAUGCUUGCAUGGACAAUUGAGCGAUACGUUCGACUUGGCCACGCGCAUGACGGCCAGCAGUUGCUUGGUUUCGCCGAUCUUGUUGCACUAGCAGCUCACUACGCGUUGCAGCUCACUAAUUGCGAGGAGCGUAUGCCAGUGGCAAUUGGCUCAUCUGCGCUUCAGUGGCUCGAGCAAUUGGUUGUCGAGCUCUUCAAAUCGUCCUCGCUAGAGCUCGCCCGGCAAAGCGUCUUCGCAGCUGCCUUAUGGCCGCACGAGUGUUCGUCAAUUCCUCGCAUCGACCUUGAAGGCAUAGAAGAGAUGCUCGAUAGCGCUUUUCCCUGGAGUAAUUUGCGACAUUUGCUCCGUGCGCUUGCUGCGCUCGACUUGUCACCGGACUCAGAAGAGGCUGUGCGGCUAGGGGCGGUCACCUUCCGAGUCCUGCGUGGCUGUAAAGACGGUAGCGCCAUGACCAAGGCCGAUGCCGAGUCGUUGACCGCGCUGGUCUCGAUUGCCGAGACGCACUUCUGCACUGGAACCUUACUUAAUUCUUGCGCGCAGCGCGUUCAUCCUCCAUAUGCCGCUCCUCUGCUCGGCAACGAAACGACUCAGGCAAUCUGCGUCGGAUUGUUAGGCCAAUGCCUUCUCUCGAGCGAUCUCCUGCUCGUCAACACCGCCGUAGCUGCAUUGCGGCGGGUCUUUGUCACCGUCGCGCUCGAUACGCGUAAAGCCUCGGCAGAGGAUAUCCAUGGCGUUGGCUUCGACCUGCUGGAGCUCGCUCGCGAUAGUCUGAAACGGUCUUGGGAAUUAGCCUCCACGGUGUCCCGCGGCCCGGGUCUCGAGGCGCUCAUCACAGAAAGCUGGAUUACAAAGGCUCGAGACGCCAACGAAUGGAUUGCGAACCUAUCUGUGCUUGUCGGGCAGCAAGCGAGUACAGUGGCCCCAAUGUACGCCCAGCUACAACCUUGCCUCCUGCACGAUACUGCGUUCGCCCGAUCUAGCCUGCCGAUUCUCGUGACCGUAUUGCUGCAAAGCAAGGAAAAUUCGACACAGGCGAGGAUGUACUUGUCGGAGCACUUUGUGCGUGUGAUCGCCUCGCCAUGCUCAGACAUCGAGUCGCUUGCGGUCAUCAUUGAUAUUGUUCUGCACCUACGCAAGACAGAUCUGCCUGGCAAGAGAAAGCGAGAAGACGGUAUUAAACUACUUCUACCAUUCAUCGAGCUCGCGAAAGCGGCGAUACGUUGUCACCUUGCUUCAGCUGCGUUACUCUUUCUCGAACUUGCACAAGACCACGAUGAAGACAAAGCAGCGUGUGGACUGCAGGCGCCGCAAGUGCGCACGCUCAUGUGUUCAGUGUCCGAGCAGAUCGGCGAACCAGAUGGCUUUUACGGCAUCGCACCUGGUGAAAUUCAAGAAACCUUAGCGAGCCGCUACGCGCAUGAAGGAGCUUGGAGCAAAGCUUUUCAACUCCACAGCUCGCUUUUCGAGGCUAGAUCGGGCACCUCGACCGCAGAUCUGGAUUUGCUGCCCGUCGGCAAUUCGCUCAAAUCCUGGGGCUUCAAGCAUCUCGCAAGUCAAGUGGGCGCUCUCAGACGUGCAGGGGACCUUGCCGACUUAGAUCUAGCCUGGCGCACUGAUCACUGGGACAUACCUGUCGAACAGACCACAACAACCAGUGCAAGGAUCUAUCGUGCUCUUCGUGACGCUCAUUGCUCCGCUAAUCGCGCGCUGGCCAUCGACAGAGCCAGCAAUGGCCUCGUCGAAGAGUUGCGCUCGAUUCUCCACAUAUUGCAGCGAUCUGAUCAUAUCGCCGGGAGCAAACUUGCUGCUCUGAUCACGCUGUCGGAUAUCACACGAUGGCAGCAAGCUCAGCACGCGCGCAGCGUUGACGAAUCUAAAGCCGAGAUUACAGACAUGAAUCGCCUACCGACGACAAUAUUCGAGGUCAAUGAGCCUGUUGUCGCGGCCAGGCUGAGCCUUUUGCAAGCCGAGCGGAACGCUGAGAUGCUCAAUCAGAUUGGCGACGCUUUGACUCCGGUCGCGCGUGACAAUGCUAUUCGCGCUCAGCAGCUAUGUCUCGCCUUAUCACGCGAUGCACGCAUGAAUGGUCAGCAGCAGCUCGCGCUCAAUAUGGUCAACGUCGCACAAUCACUCGGGUCACUCGUUGACACAGAUGAUGAUGGCGCCAAGGUCGAGCUUUCGCACACGCUCUGGGAGCUUGGAGAGCAUGGCUUGGCACGAGACAUCGUCAGUCGGCUAAUCUCAAGAUCGCAAGGCUGUACGAAGGCUGAUCUGUUAGCUACUAUGGGCGGCUGGACGGCUGCUGCGCGCCUCAUGCCACCUUCAGAGAUUGCUGAUCGGUACUUUGCACCAGCAGUGGCACUUGCGCGUAGCAGCAAGCUAUCAGACGACCGUCUGGGUGAGGUAGUCUAUCAGUUUGCCAGCUAUGCCGUGCAACAGUAUAAGCAAUUGGCCAAGGAAGAUCUGGCCAUGAAGAGACUUAGUGUGCUGCGAGCUCAAAAACAGCACGAGAUCAAGGCGCUUGACGCACAGCUGCGCCACUCGAGUACGCAAAGUGCCGAGCGGCACAGGCUGCAAACCUCAAAAGAUGACGCAACAAAGGUCAUCCGACAAGACAGAGACCGGCUCGAGAAAUUCGAGGCUGCGCGCUCGUCGUUUCUCAAGCAUGCCAUCAUCAUGCUCUUGCAGACUCUAGCAUGCACCGAUCAGCAUCCUGAUGCGAUCUCGCGCCUCAUUUCGAUCUGGAUGGAGCAUCAACAGGAUGACGAAGUCAAUCGUCUGGUACAGCAGCACCUCAACAGCGUGCCAUCGGCCAAGUUCGUGCCAUUGUCGCAUCAGAUCUCAGCUCGUGUCGCGCGCUUCACAGGCUCGACGCUUUGCCGGCAGAUCCUGAGCGGACUUGUCGAGCGCAUGGCGCUGGACCAUCCCUUCCACGUAGUCUACCAGCUCUUGUCGCUGCGCAAGGCAUCAGAUUCUGCUUUCCCCGAGAACAAUCUUGCAUCGACACAGGCACCGCGAGCAGACGCUGCAGGGGAGAUUAUCGAGCGAAUCAAGCGAGCGCCCGCCCUGCGUCCGAAAGUUGCUGCUCUCGAGGCGCUCUGCGAAGCCUACAUCGAAUGGGCCAGCUUUGACCUUGAUCGCUUACCGGACUACAAACGUAGCAAGAAGGACAGCACGCUGAAGAUGCCGCAAAUCAAGCUGCUCCGCCUGCGCAGUCAGACUCAUGCUAUUCCAGUAUCGACUGUUGCUUUGCCGAUGGAUCCGACGUGUCGCUACGAUGCAGACAGCUUACCGUGUAUCUAUCAGUACGAAAGCACAUUCAAGAUCGUUGGAGGCGUCAAUCGUCCUAAGUUGAGUAUCUGCAUCGACUCCAUGGGCGGCACACACAAGCAGCUAGCAACGCUGAUGAGGCACAUGCAGUUCAAGCCCGGUGACGAUGUCAGACAAGACGCUGUCAUGGAGCAGGUCUUCGAAGUUGCGAACGGUCUGCUCCGUCGCGACAAGGCUACGUUCAAGCGUAACCUGCGUGUGAGAACCUACAGGGUCAUUCCUUUGACUGCCGAUACCGGACUACUCGAGUUUGCAAAAGACACUAUGCCAAUCAUGGCAUGGCUGCCCGAGGCUCACGCUCGCUAUCAUCCGAAGGACGCACGCUACGAGACAGCCCGGCAGAAGUUUGCAGAAGCGCGACAAGACUUUGAAGCCCAGCGGGCAGUCUGGAAGGAGCUCUACGCGGGUCGCUGGCACCCCGUACUACGUCAUUUCUUUCGAGAGGAACAGAAAGAGCCGAGCUUGUGGCAUGAAAUGCGACUCAACUACGGCAGAAGUCUCGCGACUAAUUCGAUCAUCGGUGAUCUACUAGGCAUCGGCGACCGGCAUUGCUCCAAUAUUCUCAUCGACUCUGUGCGAGGCGAGCUAGUACACAUCGAUUUCGGUAUCGUCUUUGAAGCUGGAACGCGGCUGCCUAUUCCAGAGACAGUACCGUUCAGACUGACGCCCGACAUGAUCGACGGACUCGGCAUGACGGGCGUCGAGGGCGUCUUCAGGCGAUGUUCAGAAGAGACCUUGCGCGUCAUGCGGCGAGGCGCUGUGGAUGUUAUGACGAUCCUGGAGGUCUUCAAAUACGAUCCUCUCCAGAAAUGGCACGAUCGCAGGACUCUGAGUGCCGGCAAGAUCCGCAAAGCACAAGGUACUCAGCUCAGCGAGGCAGACGCCCAGGAUCUUGCAGAUGGCUCGGGCGACGUGCCGACAGACGCGCAUCGCGCUAUCGACCAAGUGAGCGCUAAACUCAACUCAACGCUCAGCGUGGAGUACCAGGUCAACGACCUCAUCCAGCAAGCGCAGAAUCCUGACAAUCUUUGCCGAAUCUUCUGCGGAUGGGCGCCUUGGAUGUGA